UUUUUUCUCGCACUUUUUGUCCCUUCGCAGUUGCCGUAGGUUACUCUUAACAACAAAUAUGGCGUCUUCAAUGUCACUUCUCGCUUUGGGACGUUUGUCUUCGUUCAAUUUAGCUUCGAAAAUCCCCCUGAAUCCUCUCAGGUCUGCAAGCAUUUCAGCAUCGAGGCUGGCAGAGAAACCAGGACAAGACACGCAACUUAUUACAGUUGAUGAGAAAUUGGAUAUUACCCCUUUGACUGGAGUCCCCGAGGAGCACAUCAAAACCCGUAAGGUUCACAUUUUUGUUCCUGCCAAAACGGCCAUGCAGUCUGGGAUCAACAACACUAAAAAGUGGAAGAUGGACUUUGACACCAGAGAGCGGUGGGAGAAUCCAUUGAUGGGCUGGGCCUCAUCGGCGGAUCCUUUAUCCAACAUGGUGCUUUCGUUCUCCUCUAAAGAAGAUGCUAUAGCUUUUGCUGAGAAAAAUGGUUGGAGCUACGAAGUCACGGAGAAGAGGUCAUCAAAGCCCCGAGUGAAAUCCUACGGGGCAAACUUCUCUUGGGAUAAGAGAACCAGGAGGUCCGCAAAGUAAACCCAAGAGCCAUCAGUUUGCUGCUUUGACCUUUGUGUGUGUCCCACAGCAGACUUGUGUCAUUCUUGUCAAUAAAUUCUUCGUUAUAUGCAUGAAAACCAAA